AUGGUAAGAGAGCUUCACCCAGCGGCUUCUCUUCAGAGCAGACAGCGGCAGACAAUGGAACAAUUGGUAAGGGAUCUUCACCCAGCGACUUCUCUUCAGAGCAGGCAGCGGCAGACCAUGGCACAGACUGUAACAAGAGACUUUUACACAGCGACUUAUCUCCAGAGUAUGACAGCAGAUAAUGAAACAGACAGUGGUAAGAUAGCUUCACCCAGCGGCUUCUCUUCAGAGCAGACAGCAGAUAAUAGAACAGACACUGGUAAGAGAGCUUCACCCAGCGGCUUCUCUUCAGAGCAGACAGCAGAUAAUAGAACAGACAAUGGUAAGAGAGCUUCACCCAGCGACUUCUCUUCAGAGCAGGCAGCGGCAGACCAUGGCACAGACUGUGACAAGAGACUUUUACACAGCAGCAGUAUUCAGAGUAUGACAGCAGAUAAUGGAACAGACAGUGGUAAGAUUACUUCACCCAGCGGCUUCUCUUCAGAGCAGACAGCGGCAGACAAUGGAACAACUGGUAAGGGAUCUUCACCCAGCGGCUUCUCUUCAGAACAGACAACAACAGAUGAUGGAACAGACUGUAGUAAGAGACUUCCACACAGCAGUUAA